CUCUCUUCUACGGGUUUCAACAGAAUCAAUCAUAUUGUUUUUCCACUAUUCGUGAUAUAUAAGCUAUCCUUUCUCAUAUAGAAAACCAAUAGCCUGGAUUCUACGUGUGAACUUUGUUUCGUUAGUUCCAUCGCCUCGCCUUGCUGUCGCACGUUAUACAUUCACAAUAGUUCGAUGACUUAAAAAACCAGCAUAACCAGUUUCAAUACCUAUAUCCUUUCUUUAGAAGAUCCUCGACUUUAGAAACUAAUGGUUCUAUAAAUGGACGGCGCCUGGUCAGAUAGCUUGCAAGCGCUGUAAUAACUAUACUAAGAACUGUGCUUGUAUUAAUAUCGACGCUGGCCGACAGAAUGUAAGAGGUUGCCACUCGAAGUGAUUCCAAAGCCAUGUCAGUUCCAUUCAGUGACCAGGGAUAUUUGGUAUACGAGAUCAUGGUGAUCUUAAUGCUCCUUAUAGGAGUUCCGUCGCAGAUGGUCGCAUUCUUCGUAUUUACCCGAAAAAAAUUCCGUCAAAUGACUCUGAACAAACUCUUCCUAAACAUCGUCAUUGCCAACCUCAUCAUGAUCUUUUGUGAAUUCCCACUGAUUAUGGUGUCGGCUUUCUACAAGAAGUGGCUGUUUGGCCGUGUGGGAUGCAUCGCUACUGGCGCUCAGGUAACAGUAACGAGCAUUACCAUGAUCAUUACCCUCGUCUGCAUCGAGGCAAAGGUGAUGUUCUAUAUAAACAUGUCUGAAGCACACCCCCUCAGCAAGCUCCUCGGCCCGUUGAAGGAAAAUGCACUGGUAGUAUUAAUUUGGACGUAUGCUGGUAUAUGUACCGUCCCGACCGUCUCAGGGUGGAGCGAGAUCACACUAGAACCCGGUGAAAUCAACUGUGCGCCAAACUGGACGGCUCAAGCUCCUAAAGACGUCGCCUAUCUCGCUCUCCUGACAAUAUUUGCUUAUGUUCUUCCUGUAAGCGUCCAGAUACGCAGUUUUUGGAAGCUAUGGAAGCGUUCGAAUCAGCAGCUUGAAAGUAUCUCGUCGGCCGCAGUGUUCUUGAGGAAUAGAGCAAUGUACAGGUCUAAGGGUCGAAUGGUAAUGGCUUCAACCAUCACUUUCACAUUACUCUGGCUUCCAUACUGUAUCUGUAGUCUCAUCACAUUAUCAGGAAAGGCCUACUUGGUCGAAAAUGAUGCCGCAAUUAUACCCACCCUGGUGGCAAAAUGCAGCUGUAUCUUCAGCCCCAUCGUGUAUGCCGUCACUAGUCGCAGAUUUCGGAGAGAGUUUCAGAGCGUUCUGUUUUGUGAAUUGACAUCUACAACCAAUCAAGGAAGACCAACGUUGCCGAGAAGGGAUGAUGUUGUCAUAGUUACCAAAUUUUAA